AUGGUGGCGGCAGGGAAUGCAAUUGCCAAGCACGAGCAGUACAAGCGGGUGUUCGCCCACUUCGACGAGGACGGCGACGGGAAAAUAUCUGGCUCGGAGCUGCGCCGGUGCGUGGCGGCGAUCGGCAGCAGCGGCGGAGGAGGAGGAGGGAGAGUAGGGGAGCUGACGGAGGAGGAGGCGGAGGCGGCGGUGGGGUUCUCUGACUCGGACGGCGACGGGCUGCUGGAUUUGGAGGAUUUCGUGAGGCUGGUGGAGGCAGGGGAGGAGGAGGAGCGGGUCAAGGAUUUGAAGGAGGCCUUCAACAUGUAUGCGGCGGGAGCCGCCGCCGGGGCAGGGGACGGCGGAAUGAUAACGCCGAGGAGCUUGAAGAGGAUGUUGAGCCGGCUGGGAAUGCGGCGCAGCGCAACGGAGUGUGGGGUUAUGAUCGCCGAGUUCGAUCUCGACGGCGACGGCGCGUUGGAUUUCGACGAGUUUAAGGUCAUGAUGUCGUGA